AUGGUCUCGCUCGCGGAGCAGCUCAAGCAGCUCGAGGACGAUGUCCCUAAGACUGUCGAUCCCGAGGAGGCCUACGCGGACAUCGAUGGGCAUGAUUUAAGCCGCUCCCAUGCUGCUCGAGAGCACUACACAGAUGUCGGUCCCUCUGCGCUGCGUCGGGGAGAGGUUGCGCAGACCCUUCUGUCGGACAAGUACGAGGGAAAGCCGAGCUCGCGCAUGAAGAUCUUCGAUGAUGACGAGGAGGCGUCCGAGCCCGAGGACGAGCCAGGAUAUGACGAGGAGGAGGAGGAGGAUGAGGACGAGGAACAUUUCGAUGAGGACGAGGAAGACUAUGACGAAGAUGAGGGCGAAGAGGAAGAGGAUGAUGAGGAUGAGGAAGAGGAGGACGAGGACGAGGGAGAAGAUCAGCCGGCACCGUCCGGCAAGGCGCUUGACCCCAUGGGAGCACUGAAGGCAAGCAAAAUGAAGGAUAUCGAGAAGGGUGGUGCGAUCAAGCGGCAGCGCGAUCUCUUCGAUUCUCUUAUGACGACGCGGAUAACGUUCCAGAAGGCUCUCACUACCGCUUUCGGGCUCCCAGUUCCGCUCCCCUCUGACCCCGCGGGCGAGAUCCCCUCAACUCGCGACUCCGUGCUUGCUUCCCUCGGAAAGCUGAACGACACUCUCCUCUCCCUCCGAACUUCCCUUAUCCUCCCUGGUUCAGAGCCUGUCCCGAAGCGACGAAAGACCGACUCCGACCCGACCUCCGAGGAGUACUGGCGGGACAGUGCGACUGACUCCUUUGCGCUCGUUGAUGCCUCCCACCCCGCACUCGUGCCGCUUCUCGCGAAGUGGAGCACGAAGAUCCAGGCUGCGACGUCUGCUCUUGGUUCGCGUGCUGCAGGUGGCUCGAAGCUGAUGCAGGGCACGAAGCCGACUGGCGUCGUGGAUGCGAUCGACGCCUCGCUCUCGCAGAAGCGGGACAAGUCAAAGCCGCUGCUCGAGGAUGCCGAGCACGCGUACCGUGCCCUCCUACGCGAGGUCAUUGAGAGCAAGCAGGGCACGACGCCGGUGGACCUCAUGCACCUCCGCCGGGAGAAGAAGCGGAAGCGCGAGGCGGAGCGUGGUGGCUCCAAGGGAAGGAGGAUCCGGUACACCGUUCACGACAAGGCGGUCAACUUUGUCGUGCCGGUGCCGCUGAACGGAUGGGGGGAGGAGCAGACAGACGAGCUCUUCGCCAGCUUGCUCGGCGGUGCGGGAACGAAGGGAGCGACGAGCGAGAUGCCGGCGCAGGAGAACGUCGAGCUCGGCGGGCUCCGCAUGUUCUGA